CUUAUUAAUCGUGGCAGGUCGUAAUUAUCUUGCAUUUGAGUUCUCGUGUCAUGCUUUUGACCUUGCUCCUUGUUAUGUUAAUUAAGAGGUCAAAGUGACGUUUUGUUCAUAGCAACAUCCAAACUUAGGAAUUGGGCAACCAAAUACGUUCCAAAAUUUAGACGUAGUUGUUGCCUAAUUUCAAGAGCCUCUCUACCAGCCUGCUCUCUACAGGAUUCAACGAGAUUCCGUUUAAAAGCUGAUUAAAGUUAACGUUCAGAAGAUGGAAGGAUUUAAAUACUCGGAAGAGGUCCAACAAGGCAGUGGAGAGGGCGAUGUCAUCGUUGUUCCAGAUCUUUCAGAGAAAUCUCAGCAUUGGGUCUUUGCUCAGUCAGCCACAGAAUGCCUCUCAGAGGAGAAACCGUAUUUUACGGUCAAUAUCAUUGAAUUAGCAAAAGAUGCUACGGUUGCCAUAGGAAUUGGCAGUGAGAAUUAUUUAGAUUCUGAAGAUAAUGAUGACGAAGAAACACCUCAUUCAAAGAAGAAGAAAUUUGCCAUGGCUUACUUUAGCGAUGAUGGCAGUAUUGCAAAUCCAGCUCGAUCCAGUGCGUCUGAAAUUGCUCCUACAUACAAAAAAGGUGAUAAUGUAGCUAUGUUGUUGGAUUAUGCUGACAAGAAGAGAGCUUUGGUUUCCUUUUUGAAGAAUGAAGAAGUAGUGUUUCGCCAGUGGAUGAAAAAAGACAUUUUACUGCCGACAAUCAAUGUUUGGUGGGGGCCUGCAGAGCUGAGUGUCACAUGGUCAUCCAAAACAUCAUUGAUACCACAAUUUGAUUGUGAAAACCUUUCCCAAUGGUCGAUGCCAGAUUUUGUGAGUGUCGAUGAUGACACAUUCCACAUGAAGUCUUCUUCAGGCCCUGCAGCUUUACAAUCACCUUGUCCAUUUUUAGAAGAUUCUUACUAUGAGAUAACACUGCUUAACAUGGGUGAAGAUGUGAAACUUGGACCGGUAAUUGGCUUAACGUCUGCUUUCAUCGAAGAUGAUGAGUUGCCAGGCAGAACAACAGGUGCUAUCGGAUAUAGCGCUGUAGAUGGCGCUGUUAUGUGUGAAACAAAAUUUAAAGCUCAGAAACUAGGCAAUGAAGCUAUGUGUAAGACUAAUGAUGUCAUAGGAUUGGGUUUGAUAUUUGCUGACAAGAAUUUAACAGACAGGCGAUUGGAGCAGCCUGUUGUGGUUUACUUCACGCACAAUGGAGAAGUCUUAUGUCACCAAUGCUUUGAACAACCUACUGGUGGUUUCUAUGCAACCAUUGGCUUAGCUGCACAAGGAUCUGUGGUACAGGUAAAUAUGAAGGCAACGUCUCCAGAUACUUCAGACGAGGAAGCAUGGAUUAGGGAAGCAUUAAAGCCAAAACCAUUAUUGUUUACCGCAGUUGAAAUUCCUAAACCAACUGCUGACCACACUCAUGAAGAAGGAGAAACAACUGGUUUAUUCCGUUAUCAUGAACAAAUCGGUCCCCCGACCGGCCAAGAGGGAAGUAUUAUUAAACCUGUUGCAAACUUAUUAUCAAAUUGGAAACUGAUCCAGUUGCAGAAGUCAAUGACCCCAGAUGAACCUAAUUUUACUAUGAAAAUUACUGAUGCAGGUGAGGAAAGUUUUGUGAGCAUGGGAGUGAGCCGAAGCAAGCAGACAGUUGGGAUGAUGCCAGGGAGAUUGAUCGGGACUGCAGGAUAUUUUUCAGAGGGAAAGAUCAUUCAGAAUGGAAAUGGACGUUGUGACGCCAUAAAAUUUUCUUCAGGUGAUGUGAUUGGAUGUUGUGUUGAGUACUUCAGUAGCAAACAGGUUCUCCAUUUUACCAACAAUGAUCAACUUGUAGGAAAAGCGAUAAUAAGUGGCUCGGAAUUUGAUCUUUUCCCAUGCAUCGCAUUCCGUGGUGAGCCGUGUACCGUCCAGGUGAUGUGGCCGAAAACUAAACAGCCAGUACAUAGUUUUGAUCAGACAAACUUUUCAAACUGGUUGAAAUCUUCAGAACUGACUGUUCAGAAACCACAGAUAUUUGUUGAGAAAAAGAAAAGAAAGCUAAAGCCGUAUACUGUGAGAUCUCCACUACCACUAUGUAAAGAUUGGAAAUAUUUUGAGGUCAAAGUUAAUGGUGGCUCUCUACCAUCAUUUGAUCAAGAGUUGAUUAAUGCACCGGCUGUGGCACUGACCAACGAUAUGUCCAAUCGCAUUUUCAAACAUCUAUCAUCUGACAAGGACUCGCGGUAUGUUCGCUUCGGUUUCAGGACGAAAUCGUUUUACUGGCGGAAUGAGCUGGAACUUUUAGAGAAGGAUAUGAGCAAAGAUGAAACGAUGGAGUUGCAAUCUUACAUAAAGUGUGGGGACACGAUAGGGUUUGGUGUCCUGUAUUCGAGUGCAAUAAAAGCUGAGGAUGGCUUAGCUGAGCAGGCUGUGAUGGUUUACUGCUGUGUCAAUGGAAAUAUAGUGUUCCACAAGCCUGUCAUGCAGCCAGUUGGAGGCUUUUACCCAGCCGUCACACUCUAUAAAAAAGGUGAUAAAAUGACGAUUGACCACAUGCAUAAACCACCUGUUGAUGAGCUGUCUUCUGAUUGGGCAACUGAACUGGAAACUUGGGCUGAGCAGGUUAUGGCUAUUAGAAAAUCACAAGAACCUAAGUUGACUAAAGAUGACAGGAGGAGGAAAGAGGCAGAAGAAGUUACCAAACCACAAAAUCAUUUGAAUAAAAUUGAAGUGUAUAUACAUUGUGAUAAACCUCGAUACACAGAAACAACGCAUAUAAAAGCAGGGUUGGAUACUCUAGGCUUCCAAACAUCAUUGCUUAAAAAUUUAGUUACUGGCAAAGAAUCUGAUAUCGCGAAAGUGGUGCAGUCUUCCGAUGCAGUGGUAUUUUGUCUCGGUCCAGAAGUCGUUCAGUCACAGUCUGCCACUUUGCUAGUUCGGCAGGCUCGAGAGUGUGGUAAACCUGUCAUACCAGUUUGUCUUGACAACUCACCAUGGCCUCCAGAGGGAGCUGUUGGUGAUCAACUCAAGCUGUUGACAGCCCAUAAGAUAGAUAUUUCUGAUGAACACUAUGAAUGGAGUAUUGAGCAGAUUGGGAAAUUGCUGGAAAAUCUAAAUGGCAAGGGAUUCAAUGGCCGAGAAAUUGUUGUCAAUGAACGCGAAGCAGCAAAGAUAUUCUACACAGAUGCCCAGACGGGAAAUGAGACUGAAAAUAAACCAAGUGACCCUGAAGCCUUCAAACGAGCUGUUGAAGAUGCAGACCGAAUGAAUGCUACCUCCUUCGGCAAUUCAAACAUCAGGGAAGAGCCACCUAUCAUCGACGAAAGAAAUCAUGCACAACCUAAGUCUAAAACUUGUUCUAUUUUGUGAUCUUGUAGCAUCAUCUGUAUAUAUUUUUAUAUCAGAGAGGCUCUGUAAUUUUAUUUUCAUGUGUUUAUGUAGAGAGUAUGCUGAUGUAUUUAUUCCAUGGCUAGAUAAAUUGUUAAGCUACAUUGGUGUCCAACCCCACACAUGUACGCUACUCGUAGAUGUUGGUCCACUGGUCAAUACUAGAAAAUAUGACAUAAAAAAUUUAUCCUGUUAAGCCGAAGGGCUUAUAACAAUUUUUUGAAAUUUGAAUGUGGCACUUAAGGUAAGUGCUUAUUCAAGAGUGACACUUACUAAAAAUAAUCCUAAGUGGUAUCAUGUGUGUUUAAUAAGGGAAAAUUAAUCUGUUGUUUAAUAUAUGAAACAUCAAUAUGCUCUCAAUUAAUUGAUACAGUGAUAUUUAAAAUAGAAUAUAUUUCUAGUAAAUACUUUGGCGCAAACUAGGUGAAAAAAUCAUAUCAGGGUGGUGCUUUUUGCGAAAGGUGUUUUCUUGAUUAGUAUACGAUUCAUGCUGCUUUAGCUGAGAAUGUGCGGCAAACCUUUCAAUAAAUUACUUUUAUUUUACUGUAAAUUCUAUCCCACAUUUAAAAAUGGCUAAGCAUGAAUACGGUGAAGGUGGUUUAGCUCAGUGGUUUCCAUUUUGGUUAUUAUAACUUAUGGUAUGGAGUUCCAACCACACCCUGUUCAAUCUCAGCCGGCCAUGCUUAGAUACCCCAACCUACAUAAUUGUUGACAGGCUGUGAAGUGGCUCAGGCAAUGUUUUAGCCCUAGGUGCAAGCAUUUCAUGGCAUUUAUAGUAGUUAAGUAACCCCUUACAUAGAAGUGGCUUUCAAGCCUUGAUUUGGGCAAUUUCAAUACAAA